AUGGUUCACGUCCCCGUGCUUUACCCGCCGUUUUAUUGCACCAAGUGGCGGCAAUCCAACGCUUUUUCACGUGAAACAAUUGCUUUUUUACUUGAGACACAAAUCGCCGUCGAAAGAGGUAGUCGCCGUCGAGUUGUGUUGUCAGAUUCCGGUGGGAUGACGCAACUCGGCGUGAAAAGAGGCAAGCAUGUUCGUCGGAGGAGAUUGGAACUCUGCAGAAUGAAAUCUUUGUGUCAGGCACAGAAUGGCUUCGUCAGAAACGAAACUCUAACCGGAGAAGAUCAGUUUUCCUGGAAAACUGGAUCCGACAUUAGAAGGACUGAUAUUGAUGAUACAGAGACCGAAAAGUCUAGGAAAUGCCAAGAGUCAUCCGUGGUAUCAUUAUCGUUUCCAGCGAAUUCAUCGGGUCUGUCAUCUGAAAAUGACGUCAUUCUAGCGGGAGCUUGUUGUCGUAGAGGCGAAAUGCAUAGAGGAGAAGAGAACUCACAGAUUGUUACGUGCUGUUCAUAUGGAUCGAUAUCGGUGAUUGGACGAAGAAGAGAAAUGGAGGAUGCUGUGACAGUACAGCUAGGGUUCUUGACCAGAGAUUCUAGAAAAUAUGAUUUUUUUGGUGUGUAUGAUGGUCAUGGGGGAUCACGUGUUGCACAUGCUUGCCGAGACCGGUUACACAGGUUAGUGUUAGAGGUGGAAGAAGAAGAUCAGGAAGAGAAGAGAGAGGUGGAUUGGGAGAAGGUGAUGAAAGCGAGCUUUGGAAAGAUAGAUGAAGAAGUGAGUGGGUCAGAGUUAUCAUCGAUAGGUUCGACGGCGGUGGUGGUCGUGGUGGGAGAGGAAGAGGUGGUGGUCGCUAAUUGUGGGGACUCUAGAGCUGUGCUGUCAAGAUGUGGUGUUGCUAUACCCUUGUCUAAUGAUCACAAGGUAAAAAUAUACAAUUGCUAUAUAGGUUGUACCUAA